AUCAGGCAAUUUAACAAUUAUAAUUAAAAUGAAUCAGCUACACUAAAAAUUAUUAAAACUGAGCUUUUCUAAGAAUCUUCUCUAAUCAGUAUGAUUUGGGAGACAGAGAGAACAGACAGCUUGGCCUUAGCUGCCACGCCCGAUGUCUAACCUGCGUCUGGACGAACUCAGUAGUGGAUCUGGAAACCCCGUACAAAGUCUCUCUUCAAUCCAAAAAUUGUUCUUCCUUGGCAGGGGGAGCAGAAAAAGUCCCAAAAAACCAAUCUUGGUCUUGCAGUUGUCUUUAGAAGCAGGAGCUGGAACAGUGGUGAGGAAACCCAGAUGACCUGGGCAGAUGAGCUGCAGUGGAAAGUCCCCGACUCUCCCGUCUCUCUGGCAAACUGCCAGCAAACACCCUGAAGCACUAAAUCUGCCUGAAUCCUUCUUCCCAUUCAUUGGCCAUGGACUGUAUAGAUCCCAUUCUGAGCUUUGCCAAAGAGAUCUACGCGCUGGCUGAGAGAGUGAAAGCCAAUAAGAAACGCUGCCACCGUGUUUCUGUCCGAGUAAAAGCCUUGGAGGAGCUGGUAAGGUCUAUCCAAAAGAGCGAAGCAGUCAGGACCUCUGUGGAGGUAGGAAAUGCCCUCAAGGAACUGUCCAUCACUCUGGAAUCAGCACAGAAGCUCAUUAAAAAAUAUGCAUCGGCCAACAUGCUGGAGCGCAUCCUGAAUUCCAACACCCAUGGAGACGAGUUCAGCAGUGUGAACGAACGUCUUAAUGAUGCCUUCCAGAUCCUGUCUGGAGCUCAGCAGGUGGAGCACGGCAACUUGCUAUACAGGGUGUUUGAACUGACCUCCAGAGAAAAAGAAGAUGAGUGUGAUGGGAAGGAGGAUGACAAGGAGCUGCAGAAGUUGCUGCUGGAGUACAAGAAAGAUCAGGAGAGACAAUUUGAAUAUGUCAAAGUCAACGUGGAGAAAAUCGUGGAGAUUUUGAACAAGCCCAAAGUCACUAGUGUGGACAUCCGAAUGAUUAAACCAGACGAGUUGAAGUACGGAUAUCCCAAAACACCUUUCAUGACAACAUCUACCUCCGAGGUCUACAAAGGAGAGUAUCGUGGAUUUACAGUGGCGAUCAAGAGAUAUACCGACCCCGUGAACACCAGCCCACGAGAGGUUAGGUCUAUUUUCAAUAAGGAGGUUGACACGAUGAAGCGGUUUGAAUCACCCAACAUCCUGCGAAUGUUUGGUAUCUGUGUCCGCGAUGAGAAUGGACCCAACCCUGAGUUCCUCAUCGUCAUGGAAUACUGUGAGAAAGGAAGUCUUCGACAGCUUCUUGGCUCUGGUUGCAAACUGUCCUGGACCAAGAAAGCUCGUAUGUGUCUGGAUGCAGCACAAGGACUCUAUCGACUGCACCAGACAGAAGAAAAAAGUAAUGUUCAUGGAUGCAUCAACAGCUGCAAGUUCCUUGUUGCUGAAGGCUACAGAGUCAAGCUUGGAGGUUUUGAGCUGUCGAAAACAGAGACAUCACUGAAAAAGCAGACGAAGGAUAAGGACGUCAGGUCCCUGUGCUACUCCUCUCCCCAGAUGCUCAACGACGUUAACCACGUCUACAGCAAAGAGUGUGAGAUGUACAGUUUUGGAAUCGUCCUGUGGGAAGUUGCAACUCGCGAGAAACCUUUUGAAGGUUAUUCAGAUAAACAAAUUUAUCAGAAAGUGUGCCACGAGAAAUAUCAACAACCGCUUCCCGAUGACUGUCCUGAGCCACUGGGGCAGCUGAUCAAUGCCUGCCGGGACUAUGAUAGCUUCCAGAGGCCAUCUGCUGGAGUGCUGGUGGACAAACUGCGCAGUGUGGUGGCACAGAUGGAGGAGAAGAAAGAAACCCAACUUUGAAUAAAACUGGCCUGUAAUUUCAGCAAACACAGUUCCAGUCAAAAGUUUGGACACACUUGCUUAUUCAGCGGUUUUUCAUUAUUUGUCUAUUUUAAAGCAGAUGCCAGCAGUAUUGAAUUGCACACUUGGAUUUAUAUUGUAGGCAACAGAAGUGAAGGCAAAAAACAAAAACAACAACAAAACACCCUUUGCUUUGAUAACAACUUUGAAUAUUCCUAAUCCUCCAACCAGCUUUACAAGGUCAUAUCACCAGGAGCUUUUUCAGCAGACAUUUAUAUAGUUUGACUAUACACUAAACACGAAAAUUACUCAAAGAGUACUCUGCCAAAGCUGCUCAGUCGUUAUAUGAUUUCUGACGGAUGAAAUCUUUAAAUAAUUUGUGGUCCGCAGCGGUUGAUUUGUAGUAGGAUUGCAAUCAUGUGAUCGUCAGCAGAUAGCAGAUGCAGUGUUUACUUUUAGUCAUAGUUACAGUGAUGCCAUGCCACUAUCUCACAUGACACAGAAAUCUUUAGCAAAUCCGUGAAUCCAGACAAUAAGCCGCAUCACUGCCAAAAUUGAAUCAGUUGGUCCUUGUGUCUUUUCUGACCUUCCUGUAAAAUUUCAUCCAAAUCCAUUAUUCCAUUUUGAAUAAUGUUGCUAACAGACAGACAGACAGACAGGAAAAACCAACAUAGUGUCUUAGUAGUGUGGUGGUCCCCCAAGCUCAGCCACGACAGCUUCAAUGCAUCUCGGCACUGACUCACCAAGCCUCUGGAUCUUUACUGGAGAAAUGAACAGUGUUCUACCAAAAGAUGUUACCUCAUUUGGUGUUUUGAUGAAAGUGGUAGGAAGGGCUGUUUGACACCGUGGUUCAAAACCUCCCAUAGAUGUUUAACUGUGUUGAGAUCUGGUGACUGUGAAAAUUCUAGCAUAUGAAUCCUAUAAUCCACUCAGUGACUCCUCGUGACCUAAGGGUAGUGUCAUUGUCAACCUGGAAGAGGGCACUACUGCCAGGAUAGAAAAGUUUCAUCAUAAGAUAUAGGUGAUCACUCAGAAUUACUUUAUAUUGAUUUAUAGUGACCCUUCACUCUAAAAGGCCAGGUAGACAUAAACCAUGGCAGCAGAUGUCCCCCAACCUCCUAACAGAUGACUGAAUCCCCUCACUGUAGAGUCAAACGUUCAGGGUUUUCCUUUGUAUUCGAGACAUUUGACUAUGUUUUCUCCAGAACUCGUAAAAUGGUAGAACAAAGUUUGGAAAUAUAACUGACCAUCCAAUAUAUAGUUUGAUUCAUGUUUUUUCUCCCCUCCUUCGCUGUCCUGCUGAUGUUGAUGUUGAGGCUUUAUCCUGACAUUGGACACAUUCGUGUUUGAGCAGAUAGACUGCUGUAGCUAAAACUUUCGUCUUUGUUUUGUCUUUUGUGCUCACACUGAGUUUGUGUUAGAAUCUGUGUUGUGCGAUGAGGUGGUUGCUUCUCUAUGUUAGGAAAUAUUUCUAAGCUAAUGUUAGCUAGUGUUGGACACUGCUGGCACUGUAGGGUAGUGGAAGAAAGGGAUUGAGGCAAGGUACCAUAAACAUCACAAACAUCCUUUAGAUAUUCCUGUUUGCAUGAAUAUCAGGUGUUACACCGGACUUUAAAGCAGACAAGAAAUUCCACUAGUUACCCUUUGACAAGGCUUACCUGUUAAUUAAAAGCUAUUCCAGGUGACAGUUUUCAUGAACAUGGUGAUGAUAAUGUGCAAAGCUGUCAUCACUGCAAAGAAACUAAACAGCAUACUGAAACAUAUUUUGCUGUCUUUACAUGUUUUUCACACUACAUAAUUCCGUGUUUUAUUUCAUAGUUUUGAUGUCUCUAGUUUGUUUCUGGGCUGCACAGUGGCUUGAUGGUUAGCACUGUCACCUUGCAGCUAGAAGAUCCCUGGUUCGCCUUCCCAGGAUCUUUCUGCAUCGAGUUUGCAUGUUCUCUCUGUGCAUGCAUGGAUUUUCUCUGGUCCUCCCACAGUCCAAAACAUGCUGAGGUUCAUUGGUGACUCUAAAUGGUCCGUAGUUGUGAAUGUGAACGUGAUUGUUUGUCUCUAUAUGUAGCCCUGUGAUAAACUGGUGACCUGUCCAAGGUGUCUCCUGCCUUCACCCUAAAUCAGCUGGGAUUGAUUCCAGCCCCCUGCGACCCUAAUAAGGAUUAAACGGUAUAUAGUUAAUAGAUGGACAAUUUGUUUCUACGCUGUGGAAAAUAGCAAAAAUAAACAACUGAAUGAGUACAUGUGUCCAAAUGUUUGACUGGGACUGAUGUAAUAUGCAAGCUUGUUUACAAUGAUAGUAAAAGCCAUAAGUUUCUUUGCUUUUUUUUUUUUCAACUGUGUCUUGGAUGGGCAUGAAUUUUUAUGUAUCUUCUUACUGCCAGGGUGUCUUGUUUGAGUAGCUUUAUAGCUUGUUUAAGCUAUAAGGCUAAUGAACUGAUUCUAUAUAAUCCUGCUAAAAUAACUGGGGCUUUGUGCAACUCGGUGUGCAGCUGUAUUUUACAGCUCUGAACCACAGACUGGCUGUUUUUUACUGCUCUGCCUCCACCUAGUGUUUACUGGUACCCAGUACUGUAUAUUUUCAAGGUGAACAUGCUAAUUUCAUGUGUCAUGUGAAGUCUGUAUUUUUGUUUACUUUAGCUUCACGAUUGAUAAUCUCAGUUAAAAAAAGAAGUGAUGAUUGAUGCAACAGGAAUAUUGAUGUUUAUAUGCUAAAACUACUUGUAAUUUCUGGCAUUACUUGUCCUUGCUUGACUAUACUGCUUUUUUAUUUGCAUGUAUACUUUAUUCUGUUUGCACAUGGGAUUUUUUGCAGCUCUGGUUCUAUAAAUGGGAAACAAGAAAGGCACUCAGAGAAUGCAAUUCUCUGCUCAGUUGUAUCAUUUCCAAGGGUUGAAAUCUUGAAAAAAAUUGCGGCAGAUAUCCUGGCAACAUGGAAUGUGGCCAUUUAAGAGAUGUACCCACAAACAAAAUGACCUUACAUGGAGCACAGGCAUGUGUUAGGCAUGUGUACUAUAUACAGAAACCGAAUCGUGUGACCUAAAUAUGUAGCAGGCAGCUGCAAUUGAUGGGACUCUGACACACCCACACAAAUUUAAUCAAUUGUUCCUUGUAUCAUUUCCAACGGAUAAGUCAUGAAUAAGUCCACAGCGGUCAAUUUGUAGUUGGAUCCCCAUCAUGUGAUCGUCAGCAGGCAGCUGAGGUAGUGUUCACUUGUAGUCAUAGUUACAGUGAUGCUGUGCCACUAUCUCGCAGUGAUACAGAAUUCUUUAACAAAUUUGUGGAUCCAGACUAUAAGCAGCAUCACUGACAAAAUCUAAUCACUUGGUCCUUGUGUCAUUUCUGACCUUCCUUGAAAAUUUCAUUGAAAUCUGUUAGUCCGUUUUUGAGUAAUGCUGCUAACUGGCAAACAGACGGACAAAGGUACGUCAAUUGUCACAUAACUCUGCCGUUCCUUGGCGGAGUAACAGAUGAAAUGGCUCUGACUAAUUAGCAAGACACCAUUCAGCAUGUCCUGUGCACCUUUAAGUUUGCAUGUAUUCCAAAAAAAAUAAAAGAUUUUAAUCUUG